AAAAGACAAUGUCUUUGACCUGCAGUUAGCAGCUAUUUUACGUCUUUCCAACAUUUUCUCCUCCUUAUAUUUUUUAUUUUUUUUAUUAUUCGACAUUUUGUCCCCCAUUUGUUCAUACACGUGAACGAUUAUCUUUUCUUGAAAAAUUCUUUCCCUAAAUAAAAAUUCUUCCUUUAUUUCCCAAAUAGUUAAAUUGAUUGUUGAUAAGCUGCUGUUGUACUGUAUCUUCUAAAAUUCAUCGUUCAAAUACUUCUGUUCUUGUGGGUAAUCCAGUGACUAGUCUAUACUUUGGGUGCAUAUUUUACGAAUCUUAAUAUCGAAAGUUGAUUUUUCUGUCUUCUUGAUAGAACUUCCAAAAAAACCCAAAUACUUGUCUUUGAAAGUAUACCAUUGGACUUUGCCUGUUUGCAUAUAUUUGAUUUGCAGAACAAUCAAAACCCAUUUAAGAAUCCAGAAUUUUUUUCCUUUUAUUUUUGCUGUGUAAGACUUUGUGGUGUUUCUGUUUAGUAUGAUUAACUUGUAGGCAUAAAUGUCAGUUGCCUGCUGUAUUCCAAUUGUUGAAUGUGUGUCCUGUCUAGCGUGUGUUCGAUGGGUGUGGAAGAAAUUUCUGUACACUGCUGGCCGUGAAAGUGAGAAUUGGGGCCUUGCAACUGCUAGUGAAUUCGAACCCGUGCCCCGGUUUUGUAGAUAUAUUCUAUCAGUGUAUGAAGAUGAUCUUAGAAACCCUUUGUGGGCUCCCCCGGGAGGGUAUGGAAUCGAACCAGAUUUUGUUGUAUUAAAAAAGGAUUAUGGAGAUACUCAAGGGAGAGUAUCUCCUUACAUGAUCUAUCUUGAUCGUGAGAAUAGAGAUAUAGUUGUAGCAAUUAGCGGGCUUAAUUUGGGAAAAGAAAGUGAUUUUUUACUCUUACUUGACAACAGACUCGGGCAGACAAAAUAUGAUGGUGGUUAUGUUCACAAUGGAUUGCUGAAGGCAGCUCAGUAUGUUUUAGAAGAAGAGUGUGAGAUAAUUAGGGAGCUUCUUGAAAGGAAUCCGGAUUAUAUGUUGACAUUUGCCGGGCAUUCACUUGGUGCAGGAGUUGUAACAUUGUUAACUAUGUUGGCUGUAAAGAAUAGGGAAAAGCUGGGGAACAUUAAGAGAAAAAGGAUUAGAUGCUUUGCAAUUGCUCCUACUAGGUGUAUAUCUUUAAACUUGGCCGUACGAUAUGCAGAUAUCAUCAAUUCGGUUGUGCUGCAGGAUGAUUUCUUACCGCGGACAACAGUAGCACUGGAAGAUGUUUUCAAAUCACUUUUCUGUUUCCCAUGCUUGAUGUGCAUAAUGUGCUUGAAAGAUACAUGCACACUAGAGGAGAAGAUGCUCCAGGAUCCAAGGCGCCUGUAUGCACCCGGUCGCCUAUAUCACAUUAUUGUGAGGAAGCCCUUCAGGUUCAAAAAAAUUUCUCCAGUUGUUAAGACUGCAGUCCCGGUCGAUGGACGGUUUGAGCACUUAGUCCUCUCUUGCAAUUUAACUUCAGAUCAUGCCAUCAUUUGGAUACUUAAGGAAUCUCAAAGAGCGUUUGAUACACUGCUGGAAAGCGAGCAGGUUAUGGAUAUUCCGGUAGCACAGAGGAUGGAGCGGCAGAAAUCUCUUGCCAAAGAACACAAGGAGGAGCAUCGAGCCGCAAUAGAGAGGGCGAUUGCAUUGGAUGUUCCCCUCGCAUACCCUCCUUCGUAUGGAACUUUCCAAGAGAUGGAGAAAGGAGAAAACUCAACUAGAACACACCAUUUUUCUUUUUAAAUCGUCCGAGAGGCUAGAGAGCUGGGAUAAUCUUGCCGGGGUCGUUUUUUAUACGAAUGAGUCAACGAAUUCGAGGCUGGAUAAAUAACUUUCGAAUUAGCUCAGAAAAUGACAUUCAUUCUUUUAUUGGAAAAGUACCUUUGUUACUUCACAA